AUGAAUUCCAUUUUUGAAGGAAUUCAUGAUGUUGGGAGAUUUUUAAGACUAGUGUACUUGUACAUAAGCCGUUAUAAAAUUUUAACUGCUUCGAAAGAGUUAGAUUAUGAUAAGAAGGCAAUUUCAAGAUGGUUUAAAAAAUUUCGAAAGGUAUGUGGAUUCCAUAUAGCCUCGAAUCAUUCAAAGAUCGGGGGGCCUGGCCACGUUAUUGAAAUUGAUGAAACUCAUGUAUGGAAGCGUAAAUAUAACCGUGGUCGGCAUUUGACUUCCGAGGCUAUAUGGAUUAUUGGUGGUAUAUGUCGGGAAACAAAUGAGAUAUUUUUAAGUGCCACCACAACAAGAGAUCAAGAUACCACCUAUCGUGUGGUUAAAGAUAAUGUUAUGCAAGAUUCCACGAUAAUGACUGACUCGUGGUUAGGAUAUAAUCGGCUAGAAAGUUCCAACUAUUUCCACUAUCGGAUCAACCAUUCGCAAAAUUUUGUUGAUCCAAAUGACAGAUCGAUCCACACUCAAAAAGUCGAGAGGCUGUGGCGGGAUCUAAAGGCAAAUUAUAAAAGACAUGGGGAUCAGGAUAAUAUUCAUGAAUAUCUUCUUGAAUAUAGAUAUUUUCGAAAAUAUAGAUUAUUAAAUCGUUUUGAUGGAUUCGAACCUGUACACGGAGAAGAAAACCGGGGUUUUUGGAAAAAUAAUCUGAACCCGAACCGAACCUGA